UUUUCCUUGCCUCGAUGAAUGCAUCCUUCCGGACACAAAUCGUCGGUGCACACAUGUCGUCCACGUGAGCAUUUAUCGACGUAGCCAAAGAUUCAAAAGUGAAUCAUUAUUUUUUUGAAUAAGUAUCGUGCAGUUAAUUUGAUUAACGUCCAGAAUAAACUAAAUACCAAAACAUAAUGGAACCAUCGCCAUCAGUGAAUGCAUCAUUCCGGAUACAAAUAGUUGGUGCACACACAGCGCCCACAUUACCGUCAAACCAUCGAAGUCACUAAACCUUUCCACCGGUCCUCGUCACUUUGACAAGUUUUGAUAAUUAAUUUGAAGUUUUUCAGAGUGUCCUACAUGGGUUGCCGUUUGGAUCACGGACGUACAAAUGUACAUGAUUUUAAAAUAAGCCAAGGACGACCUGACCCACACAAUCCUGAGUCAUAUGACAGCAUCAGAACGCAGUAAACUGUCCAUGUCACUAGCACAAUGUCCAGCAUCCUUCGUCUUCCUUGGAUGAGGCUGCUGGGAUCAGGAUGCCUCCACCACCAGCGCCAGCAGCACCUUCUCCGUCUUGUGCUGAGUCGAAGCGUGACGCAGGGCGAAUACAGACGACCCGGCAAGCCCAGAGAAGACAAACCUCCGUGGCAGAAGAUCAACUUCAGCUUAUCCAAAGGCUUGGACGGCAUCCGGAAACAUAUGACUCUGCUAAAAAGGGAGUUCUUGGAGCGCUGGGUGGGGCCCCAGGGGAAGCCCAUCUUGGAACACAUGCUGGAGCAGAACCAAGUGGUGUGGGAGUUCCGGGGGCCCGAGAGCCUGGAGCAGUGGACCGUGUCGUCGGAUCGUGAGAUAGGAGGCCAGAGCGAAGCAUACUUGAAGGUCGGGAGGAACAACAACACGUGUUUUCUCUACGGGACGCUGAGCUCCACGCCCCCAAGGGACGGAGAGACGCGCUACAGCGGCUACUGCAGCAUGCGCUCCAAGCAGCCACUGGCAUCGUUUGACCGAAAGAAGCACUACGACUGGUCCAGCUUCAACACUCUGCACCUGCGCGUGCGAGGCGACGGCCGGCCGUGGAUGAUCAACAUUGCCACGGAGACCUACUUCUCCCACCAAAAAGACGACUUUUAUCACUAUUUCCUGUACACCAGAGGGGGGCCCUACUGGCAGGAGGUCAAGAUACCCUUUUCAAAAUUUUUCCUCACACAUCGUGGAAGAGUUCAGGAUGAUCAGCAUCCUCUCUGGCUGGACAAGAUUAACACAAUCGGAUUUACCCUGGGAGACAAAGCGGACGGUCCUUUCCAGCUGGAGAUCAACUACAUUGGCGUCAGCAAGGACUAUGCUCACACAGAGGAGUUUGCCUAUGAGCUGUAUAAGAAGAAUCCGGAAGUUUGAUUGUUAUUUCAUUACAUUUUCAGGACAAUAACUUGUUUUGUUUUUUUGUUUUUUUAAACGAGGUAAGGCAAAUGAGAACAGUUGCUCAUUUACAAUGCCGACAUAGAGGCAAUUUAGUGUUCAGUGCCUUGCUCAAGGCUGGUAGUUUUGAACCUUUGCUUUUUGGAAAAUUGGAAUAAAAGACGCUUCUCCAUUAUAGUAGUGACAUUUUUCAUUACAUACACUCAUAUGAUCCAUAAUAUUCUUAUUUGCAUCUUUUUGCACACAAAAAAAAGUACCGACAUUACCAGAUAACUAGCAACCCUUUACUGCUAAGUGAAGGUUUUUUUUGUCAAUGUCUUUAUGUCUCAAAAGUGUUCUCUGUCAAUUGACUGUCUGUUGUCGUACUAGAGCGGCUCCAACUACCAGAGACAAAUUCCUUGUGUGUUUUUUGGACAUGCUUGGCAAAUAAAGAUGAUUCUGAUUCUGA